AUGUCGUCUCUCAACCACCAACUACUCAAAAACGGCCUGGUGAACCUCCCGAGGGCCUCACCAACAGUCAAAACUACCGUUGAAGAACUCUUGUUCAAGGACGCUGAGGAGCACCAUUGCUACUUUCGUAGUUCAGGUUUCCACAACCACUUAAGCCACCAUCUUCUAGCAGCGUACGAUCUUGGGGCAUCAGAGGGUGUUCUUAGGAAGAUAUACGAAGAGGAGGCAAAGACACAGCGGCCUAUAUUUCUUGAAGAGACCGACAAAGAUGCUGUGAUCACUGAUGAGAACUUGGUACAAUACUUGGGAAAUCAAAAUGCCUAUGGCGCAUUUUGUCGGUUCUUCAAGAGACGCGUUUAUGAGCUUGGUGCUGUUCAGGCGGUAGAAGAAUACAUAUUCUCGCCAACGGCGAAUGAAGGUAGUAAAGCCAUGCUGUAUCGUUUAGUAGCCGGAGCACUUCAUCCAUUUAUUCAAAUCGGUCACGGCCUAGAAUUUGGCAACCUGGUACUUGUUGCCACAGGACUGGCUCAAGCAGCUGUGCACAUCGUUCGAUUUCAACCUACCUUUGCAUCUGUGGCAGAAUCAGAGCCGUCGAUGUUGGAGAUAUUACGUCAAGUCUACAACUCUCCCGUCCUGCAUCCAGUCAUGCCAUACGACAAUAAUGCAUUGAUCAGUACUCGUAUGAAGGACGCGCUAACGGGAGGGCGGGCAGAGGAAAUCCAACGAAUCUGCUCUCAGAUAAAUCUGGACAACCUAUCUGACGAUGGUUACAGUGCGAAGGUCAAAGAAAUCAUCUGGGCGUGCACUCUCCUCAUGUUUGCCUCUGGUAAACCAGGAAAGAAACCUCGACUUGACUUCUUCCUCAUGCACCUUGUUACGUCGUCCAUGUUUUUGAAGUCUUACGUCAAUUCGCUUCAGGUCGCUUCGCAUAAGGCCGACUUGAUUCGAGCAUAUGUUUUCACCAUGAUUUUGCUCCUGCUUUCCAGAGGCAGGCCCAUCAUUAAACCCGAACUAGUCAUGACUUACACGGAGAAGCCUAGGCCGCCAAACAGUCAUGCGUCCAGCUAUUAUCAACCCGACGGGACUGCUCUGGGAAACCCACUGCAGGACGCGGACUACAACCCGUGGCCAGCAUUGGUUGCUUCUUCUCUUCAUGCUCCGGAUUCGCACGUGCUCAAAACUAUGCGCACGCUCGUGUACGCCGCCCGAGAGUUUGGAGACACGCUUCCUGGUGGCGUUGACGGGGCCUUUCUCAGAGACGACGCCCACGAAGAAAGCCAUCCAGGGAGUUCUCAACUAGAUGGUUCAUUGUUCGUAAGAGCAGCGGGGAUGACGUUGGAUUAUAUGGGUUGGGUGGUCCACGGACAACCUGCCAGGGAAGAUUGGGACCGAAGCGCCCUUGGAUGGGAUGAUGCAUGGCUUGACGAAAACUAG